GGCCAUGUGGUAAUCAGCUGAUGCGUCACAGCCGCCUCUCUAUUUAAUUCCUGCGCUUUAACCACAUGGUCACCUCUUCCUCUGCUCUCUGCCCCGCGGCUGUCAACACCACCCGGACCCGGCGUCUAGCAUGCCUCCCCUGGACAAAUCCCAGCUCCAGAAGCCCUUCAAACAGAGGAAAAGCUUCGCUACAAGAAAGCAAGAAGUUGCGGGGAUUAGGACGAAGUUUCCCAACAAAAUUCCGGUGAUCAUCGAGCGCUACCAGCGGGAGAAGUACCUGCCGCCCCUGGACAAAACCAAGUUCCUGGUCCCUCAGGAGCUCACCAUGACCCAGUUUGUCACCAUCAUCAGGAACCGCAUGGCCCUGCUGCCGACUCAGGCCUUCUACCUGCUGAUCGACAGCAGCGGGCUGGCCAGCAUGUCGCUCACCAUGGCUCAGGUCUACAAGGACCACAAGGACGAGGACGGCUUCCUGUACAUGACGUACGCCUCGCAGGAGAUGUUCGGCCGCUGAGCCGGGCGCCGCCCCCCCCCCUCAGCUGUGAAUGUACAUAUAAAAAGAGUUUUGUAUUUAAGAUUUUUAAAAGCUGUUGUUGUUGUACGUGUUUUUUUUGACUUGAGCUGUUUUAGAUUGUACCUGGAUCCAAUAAAUCUUAUGUCUAACUACUGGG